AUGGAGGAGUUAAAGGAACCAAUUAAAAGUGACUGGAAUGCCUUUCUAAGGUUUAUUUUAAGUGUCUUAGGAUUUAUAUUGUCGAUCGUGUAUCUCCUUUGUGGACUGUUCAUGCUUGUUCGUUUUUGGUUGAUCACUGACUUUUACUAUCUACUUUAUAUGAUCUCGACGAUUUUUAUUGGGACUUUGUUCAACAUUUUCUCUUGCAACCUGUUCCUGUACACAGAAGUGCCGACCAACAAGACAAUCUGGCCAUACUUUUGGUUCACACCAAUCACAAUAGUCUGGAAUAUUUUAGGAAUCAUUCAGCCAUUUACAACUCCUGGAUACUUCAAAACUUAUUCUCACAUCCCAAUUUUGACUUACAUGCAAGCAUUUUAUGAUGCUGAUGCUUACAACUCUACAGUCGUUUAUGAUCAUCCAUUCACGAGGAAAUAUAAGCAAAGUUCUCAGUUCUUUAAUAGUGACGAUGCUGUCAUUUCUGUUCUGUUUGUUCUUUUAGUUGUUCAAAUUGUAUUUUGGAUCAUGACAAUUAGUGCCUAUAGACCGAUACUCAAGAAUUAUAUUGAAAAUAAAAAUGUUAAAGUUCUCUAA